AUGGCCACACAGAUGUCGUCGCCGCCAAAGGCGGCCCGAGAAAAGCGAGCGCCAAUCGUUGUGGAUCCGGUGCAUUUGGUGUCCUGGGGCGGCGGCUUAAUGCCCCCUGUGAGCUCACUGGAGCCUCGGAUCCGCGAGAAGGCUCUCUACAGCUUCUAUCUCCCAAAGCUCGCAGAGGACGGGCACUCUGAUGAGGUCCUGGAACGUUGCAUCGCGAGGGCCCAUGGCCAGCACGUCACCGUCGGACGAAGUGCUAGUGGAGGCUCGCAGCCUGCGCGCAGGCUGCGAAGUGCAAGUGUUGGGUCGCUCCCUCGAGUGCCGCCUGCAGCUAGCCACAGCUGCACCUGGAUGCAGCACAGUCACAGCCUUACGCACGGCCGGAGUGAGCUCAACGACAUCAACGACAGCCGCAGCAUACGCUCUUCCCGUUCUGCUGGGACUCUGCGAAGCCACGCUGCCAGCACUGACAGGUUCGGUCAUUUGCGAGAUGGGUCAGGAGUCGGGUAUCUUGCAGGGCCUGAGAGGCAGUGGGGUCCCCUGGCCCGAAUGCUGCAGAAGAGAUCAUCGGUUUGA